CUGCUCCACUUCACUUGUUCAUUUUCCAUCUCCAUUUCAUAUUUAAUCAUCAAAAGGAACAAAGAUGAAGAUGAGCAGUGCGACCAUGAGAUCCUCUAAGAGAAGGCUAUCAUCAAGCAGAGGCGUUGGAGGUGUUCUCCGAGAGCAAAGGGCUAAGCUUUAUAUUAUACGAAGAUGCGUUGUCAUGCUCCUUUGCUGGCAUGAUUGAACCCCCACUCCUUCUACCUACUAGCCAUGUAGGAUCUGUGGGGCCUUUUUUUUCUUCCUUCUUCUUCUGCGUCUUGUUUCGGUGGGGGUGUAAAUACUGGCGGCGGUCGGCGGAUGUUAUCGAAGAGUGAAAAAAAAGGGAACAAUUUUUGUAUGCAUUGGCCUUUUGGCCUAGAUAUAAUUAGAUAGCUUGAAUCGAAGUCCUUAAUAUUACUUUAUUAUUUAGCAGAAGGGGCGUUUUUUUUCCUUUCUUUUUUA